AUGGCCGCCAAGGGAGCCGCAGUUGGUAUUGAUUUGGGAACAACCUAUUCUUGCGUCGGUAUUUUCCAGCAUGGAAAAGUCGAAAUUAUCGCCAACGAUCAGGGUAACCGAACUACCCCAUCGUACGUCGCCUUCACCGACUCCGAACGACUUAUCGGUGAUGCCGCCAAGAACCAGGUCGCCAUGAACCCAUCGAACUCUGUCUUCGACGCCAAGCGAUUGAUUGGCCGAAAGUUCGACGAUUCCGUCGUCCAGUCCGACAUGAAGCACUGGUCCUUCGAUGUCAUCAACGACAACACCAAGCCCAAGAUUAAGGUCGAAUACAAGGGCGAGACCAAGACUUUCUUCCCUGAAGAAAUCUCCUCUAUGGUCCUCACCAAGAUGCGAGACACCGCCGAGGCCUACCUCGGAAAGGACGUCCCCAACGCUGUCGUCACCGUCCCAGCCUACUUCAACGACUCUCAGCGACAGGCCACCAAGGAUGCCGGUACCAUCGCUGGUCUCAACGUCCUCCGAAUCAUCAACGAACCCACCGCUGCCGCUAUCGCCUACGGUCUUGACAAGAAGGUCGGAUCUGAGCGAAACGUCCUCAUCUUCGAUCUUGGCGGUGGAACCUUUGAUGUCUCCGUCCUCUCCAUUGAAGAUGGUAUCUUCGAGGUCAAAUCCACUGCUGGUGACACUCACUUGGGUGGUGAAGAUUUCGAUAACCGACUCGUCAACCACUUCACCCAGGAGUUCAAGCGAAAGCACAAGAAGGACAUCUCCGGAUCCAAGCGAGCUGUUCGACGUCUCCGAACCGCCUGCGAGCGAGCGAAGCGAACCCUUUCCUCCUCCACCCAGGCCGCCAUCGAAAUCGAUUCUCUCUUCGAGGGUGUUGACUUUUACACCUCCAUCACCCGAGCCCGAUUCGAAGAGCUCUGCUCCGACCUCUUCCGAGGCACCCUCGACCCCGUCGAGAAAUCUCUCCGAGACGCCCGAAUCGACAAGAACGGCAUCCACGAUAUCGUCCUCGUCGGUGGCUCCACUCGAAUCCCCAAGGUCCAGAAGCUCCUCCAGGACUACUUCAACGGAAAGGAACUCAACAAGUCCAUCAACCCCGAUGAGGCCGUUGCCUACGGUGCCGCCGUCCAGGCCGCCAUCCUUUGCGGUGACAAAUCCGAGGAAGUCCAGGAUCUCCUUCUCCUCGAUGUUGCCCCACUCUCCCUCGGUAUCGAGACCGCUGGUGGCGUCAUGACUGCUUUGAUCAAGCGAAACACCACCAUCCCAACUAAGCAGACCCAGACCUUCACCACCUACUCCGACAACCAGCCCGGUGUCCUCAUCCAGGUCUUCGAAGGUGAACGAGCCAUGACCAAGGACAACAACCUCCUUGGCAAGUUCGAUCUCACCCAGAUCCCCCCAGCUCCACGAGGUGUUCCCCAGAUCGAGGUCACCUUCGAUAUCGAUGCCAACGGUAUCCUCAACGUCUCUGCCUGUGACAAGUCCACUGGCAAAGAGAACAAGAUCACCAUCACCAACGACAAGGGCCGACUUUCCAAGGAGGACAUCGAGAAGAUGGUCAACGACGCCGAGAAGUUCAAGGCUGAGGAUGAAGCCCAGAAGGACAAGAUCCAGGCCAAGAACGAACUCGAGUCCUAUGCUUUCCAGAUGAAGCAGACCGUCGAGGACGACAAGGUCAAGGACAAGAUCUCCGCUGAAGAGAUCAAGACCAUCUCCGACAAGUGCAGCGAGACCAUCCAGUGGCUCGACUCCAACCAGACUGCCGAGAAGGACGAGUUCGAAUACCAGAAGAAGGAACUCGAGAAGAUCUGCACCCCAAUCAUCACCAAGAUGUACCAGGGUGCUGGUGGCGCCCCCGGCGGUAUGCCAGGCGGUAUGCCAGGUGGAUUCCCGGUGGAGCCGCUGGCGGUGACCAAUCCGGCGCUGCUUCUGGCGGACCCACCAUUGAGGAGGUCGAUUAACCGGACAACUGAAAGAAACCCGAUCGUCAACCAAGCUGUUCCGCCUAUUAAUGUUCGUCCUUUGUCCGUUAAUAUGUUUCUAACCUCUAGCGCGGCCGAUUUGAGACGGCAAAAGAGCCACUUUCCCCGUCUCUGA